AUGGCGUCUGGAGAAUCAGAGCCGCUGCAGGCGCCCAGCGAUUCUGCGCCUGCGCCUACUCUGCCUCCUCCUGAGAAGCGAUCGGCCGUCAAACAGCGAUCCUAUGUCGUCUUGUCUUUCUGGCUAGUCGUGCUUCUGCUUGGCGUGCCGUUUUGGUGGAAGACAACAGCCAUAUAUCGCGCUGAUUUGCCUCUGGAUAGCAUGCUGAAAUGGGCUGACGGCAAGGCCUGUCGACCUGUCUUCCCCCUCCAGAUCUCGAUACAGGCGGAUUCCCUGCAAGACCAAGAAGCGCAGAAUCUCAUCCGCCUGACCCAGCAUGCGCUGGACGAUCUGAACGACUUCUCCGGCCACCAUCUGCGCCUGGAGCUUGCGCCGCGGAACGCGCCUAUUCGGAGAGACGAUUUCCAAACCGCCCUGACGAUUCGACUCAAGCCGGGGACGAGCAGCUCCGCAUCGCUGAACCAAGAAUCUGCCGUACUCGACAUCACCUACCCUCCAAACCAUGUUCCGUCUCUUACGUCGUCAUCAUCGCCGCUUGCCUCCUACAUUACAAACGAACUCCGCGCCACUUUUGCCGAGGAACAGUCCAUUAUUUCAUAUCUUCUCUCUACAUCAUCCAUGUCCACCGGUGUACGUCCCCAGGGCCUGAGCGCGGAAGCUGCGGAGGCACUCUCGAAGAGAACGACUCGAUCACUACGAUACGCUCCAACUUACCACCUUACUUUCUCUCUCUUUACCGAUAGAGGGCUACCCAAUACUUGGGAUAUUGAGGCUGCGUUGGACGAGUAUAUCCGGCCGAUGCUAGAAGUUUUGCGUCCGAUUCACAACUUCACCAUCGACACACAGGUUCAGCUAUACGCCGUGCCUGGCGUGCAAUCCCAAGUGCUCAACAAAGAGCAUCUGUCCUCGUUUAUCAAUGCCGCCGAGUGGCCGCUGUCGCCAUCUAUUGGUAAGGCGCCGACAGUCAACUUUGUCAUAUACAUUGGAAAUCAGACGGUUGGACUGGACGCCGAGACAGAAACCUCGCAGUCAUGGAUGAUUCCCCAAUGGGGCACCGUGUACCUGCUAUCUCAGCCAGACACGGAAAGCCACGUAUCUACUGCAACGCUGAAGCAGCCAAUGCUUACCUUUGGCGGCCAUCUUCUUUCGCUCUUGGGCACACCUCAGUCUGGGUCUCUACCCUUGAGGCUUUCUACUCUCGGUCGCAUCCGAUCUACUGAUCUCUUGCUUCGUGCAUCGUCCACGCUAGGGUCGCUUGCAAGGCUAUCACUCGCGCUGCCUUCCAUCUCGAUCCCUCGGAACGUUGCAGAUGGCGUCUCCAAGACGAUGCAUCACCUGGAACUGGCUUGCGCAGAUCUUGGCGGGCCCGAAGGGUUGAAGCAUGCGAGAAUUGCAGAGGAAGAGGCAGAGAGGGCCUUUUUCGAGAAGAGCAUGGUAGGACAGCUGUACUUCCCAGACGAGCACAAGAUUGCCGUCUAUCUUCCGCUGCUUGGGCCGAUUUUUGUACCGCUUAUCAUGGGACUUAUCAAUGAGACCAAGAGAAUUAUUAAGGAGUUGAAGCAGAAGGCACUGGAUGCCAAGAAUAAGAAGAAGCAAUAA